AUGGCUUCUGCUGACUAUGACAGACGGCCUGCCGAUAUUCGAGCCCGACAACGAAAUCGAAAGAAAAAAGCCUGUCAAAGAUGCAGGACGAGGAAGCAACGCUGUGAUGGCAAGGAGCCGACUUGCCACAAUUGUGCAACAUCUGGCAGCGAAUGUAUCCCGGCGAAGAGGGAUGAAUUGGCGCUCUAUCCCGUUGCCUACAUCAACUCAUUGUCGCAGCAUGUCAUGAACCUGGAAUCCAGGCAAGGUCAGCAAAAGAGCCACAGAAACUUAGCUUCAAACACAGGCUUGACAAGUGGGCUGACAUACGAUGUGUACGUAGUACCCCAGGAGAAUUUGGAGGCACCGGCCUCGCAGCCGUCGUUCAGCCCCCCUGCAGACAGGAUCAACAACAUUACGGCCUUUAACGACCCCAGUCUUAUGGAUAUGAAUUUCAUGACUGCUUUCCCUUUCCAGAGUCCCCAGAAUGACAACAAUGACGUUCAAAAUCCAACGUUCCCCGGUGGAUUCGAUCUCUCCCUCAAUCUAACCCCUACCCGGACGUCCCCAGGACGGCGAACUACGUUGUCAAUCCCAUUGACGGAAGCGGCCAGUCACUUCCAGACCUACAUUGACGUCAUACAUCCUCGCUAUCCUGUUCUCACUGUUGAGGAAUACGCUCAAGCUUACCUGGUCUGGAAGGAACGUGGACGUUCUGUCGAUGACUUCCAGAAAUCCUGGCAUCUCUUCGUUGCAACCAUGGUACGAGCAAGGCUGAUGCCUCUGAUUUUGGGUCAAGUUGUUGACAUGAUUUUACAGAUCCUUGGUAUCGGUUCACGCAUUCACCAACCGUACAACAGCCGUGCCAGACGAGCCCAGCAUGAAAUGCUCAUUUCACACAUUGAAUCCUCCGAUGGCGAGAUCUCCGACCCCGAUAUUUCGCCACUGUCUCGUCUACAAGCUAAGCUAUUGAAUUUGAUAUUUGUUCUCCUGGGUGAUAGUACAUCGCGACUCGUCCAUGUCAGCGGGGUUGUCAUGCGUUUCGCCACCCUACACCAGUUUCACCGACUCGAAGUUUCGGACCAGAAGGACGAGCUGGACGCAAAAGUUCGCGCUUGGUCGUGCAUCUACACGUAA